UCAGGAUGGAGCCUGCCGGGACGCAUUACUAGGGCGACGGGCCGGACGCCUCCCGCUUCGCGAUGAAUUAGCGGCGGGUUUUGCUCGGAGGUUGUGCCCCCUACGGAUUCUCCAGUUCGUCCACGCGACCCCCACGGCGACGCGCGACGUCCUCUGCUGGUCACAGAAUCAUGGUGUCAUGGAAAGGGAUUUACUUUAUACUUACUCUAUUUUGCGGAAGUUUUUUCGGAAGCAUUUUUAUGCUCGGCCCCUUUUUACCUUUGAUGUUUGUAAGCCCAUCUUGGUAUCGCUGGAUCAACAACCGCCUUGUGGCAACCUGGCUCACACUGCCUGUGGCAUUGCUGGAGACCAUUUUUGGUAUAAAAGUGAUUAUAACAGGUGAUGCAUUUGUUCCUGGGGAAAGAAGUGUCAUUAUCAUGAAUCAUCGGACAAGAAUGGACUGGCUGUUCCUGUGGAACUGUCUGAUGAGAUAUAGCUACCUCAGAUUGGAGAAAAUUUGCCUCAAAGCUAGUCUCAAAAGUGUUCCUGGAUUUGGUUGGGCCAUGCAGGCUGCUGCCUAUAUCUUCAUUCAUAGGAAAUGGAAGGAUGACCAGAGCCAUUUUGAAGACAUUAUUGAUUAUUUUUGUGAUAUCCGUGAACCACUUCAACUCCUCAUAUUCCCAGAAGGAACCGAUCUCACAGAAAACAGCAAGGCUCGAAGUAAUGAUUUUGCUGAAAAGAAUGGACUUCAGAAAUAUGAGUAUGUCUUACACCCAAGAACUACAGGCUUUACUUUUGUGGUAGAACGUCUAAGAGAAGGUAAGAACCUCGACGCUGUCCACGACAUCACGGUGGCGUACCCGCACAAUAUUCCUCAGACAGAGAAGCACCUCCUCCUCGGGGACUUCCCCAAGGAGAUCCACUUCCACGUGCACCGGUACCCGGUAGACACCCUCCCUGAGUCCAGGGAGGACCUCCAGCUCUGGUGCCACAGGCGCUGGGAGGAAAAGGAAGAGAGGCUGCGCUCCUUCUACCAAGGGGAGAAGAAUUUUCAGUUUACUGGAGAGACUGUAAUUCCACCUUGCAAGUCUGAGCUCAGGGUCCUUGUGCUCAAAUUGCUCUCCAUACUUUACUGGACCCUGUUCAGCCCUGCAAUGUGCCUACUCCUAUAUCUGUACAGUCCUGUUCGGUGGUAUUUUAUAAUCACCAUGGUUAUCUUUGUGCUGUUAGAGAGAGUAUUUGGUGGACUGGAGAUGGUUGAACUUGCGUGUUACCGGUUUUUGCACAAACAGCCACAUUUAAAUGUACGGAAAAAUGAGUGAGAUCAUAAGGUUCACAGUGUAACAACCAAGGGGAUGUUUUGGAAAUGUGUUGAGCCUUUGUAAACAGAGAUGCAUUUUUGCAUGACUAUGUCAAAUAUUUCUACUACCAUCAUUAUUUGUUAAAGAUAUUUUGCACUUAGUUUUGUGGGAAAAUAUUGCUACACACAAUUUUUUUUUUUUAAUCUCUGAAUGUAAUUUCAAUACGCAUAGCAGGGAGCGAUUGCUAUAAAAUAACUCGGGCCAGAGUAUUCCUAAGCAACCACCAGACUGUUAGCAGACAAGGAACACACAAGAUUUUCCUAGAGGCCCAAUCCUAUUUCCUAACAAACUCCCCAGACAAGAGGCACAUCCGGGGCUUGGGAGCACGGGCUCAGAUCAAGUGCUGGCACUUGACUGUGGAGGUGAGAGCCCUUCCUCCCGGUUCCCUCCCCAGGCUCAUUUCUCUGCCAAUCAAACCACUGCAUCCUUCCUUAAGGCCAGGAAACGGAAAUCCCUGUCCUUCAACCAACCACCCAUUUUGAUAGGAAGCCCUUCAUUAUUCAUAAAACCUUAGCAUUCAGCCUUGAACUCACCGAGACAUCAGAAGACCACC